AUGUUCAGACGAUUGAAUAAACAUUCUACCUCGAUGACGCCUGCUCCGGCACCGACACCGGCUCAGAAACAAAGACAAGAAAAAAUACGGUUGGAUUUACAAAAAGAGCUCGAUAAUGUAGUAAAAGCGGCAAUCGCAUCGCCUCAUUCAAAAAGAGAGAAUGUACCCAGUGAAAUAACUCAGAAUUUAUGCAAUUCUAUCGAAGCAAUUUUCAUUCACGGACUACGUGAUCCUUUUUUUCUGAAAGGAACAAGAUAUGCGAAGUAUCCGGAACCUAAUUUCUGGCCUUUUGUUUCCAAGUUUUCACAUCGAUCAAUCACUAACCAAAUCUCAUGCCUGGGACAAGUCCGCACUGAAAUUGGCAAGAGUCGAGCAUGGAUUCGAAUUGUUCUGAAUGAAAACGCUUUGAGUCAAUACCUUGAUUUGCUGGCAACAGAAAUAACCGCUAUUCAACAAUUUUAUUCCGAUGAGGCAUUUCUCCGACUUCUUACUAACUCCGAACACUCUGAAAGGAUACGUGGUCUUCUGAAGCCGUUGACAUCACUUCCCAUUUCUGCAGCCACUAACUCUUCGUUCCUGAAUACUUGGACGCCCACUCCUUUGAUUUUGGCUGGUCUAAUGACUGGAGAGCCGUUAAAAGUCGGGGUUUUGAAAGCCCGACCAAAUCCAAAACCUGCUCAUUUGACUGAAGAAAUUGCUAUUCCAGCAAUUGAUGCCCUGGUGUCUGAAGAGGAUCAAGAGAUAGGAUCGCCUGCUUACGUAGAGAGACAAAGAAAAAGGACAUCGAGUAGACCUAUCAAACGCCCAGAUAACGACGAUCACUCAGAAUGUUCUUCUGUCUAUUCACAUCCUUCUAUGUUGGAUUCUGGUGAAAUGUCAUAUCAGCAUGCAGUUGUCGGAAGUCUUAAAAAAAAUCCCUCGUCUUCUGGUGGAAUGCGACGUGUAUCAUCUAAUCAACGUAUUCAACUUCCGCAAUCACCUCUAUUCUCCUCAACACCCGUGGAUACCACAAUUCUAGAUCAAGUAAAAAUCACAAAAAGAUCAUCUGAUUUUGUUCAAGUGGUUUCGGAUGUAGCUUCGAACGCGCCUCUCGGAUCCAAACCCCUCAUCAUUUCUAGAAGAAUUCGAAGACCAUCUAAACAAAAGUCUAAUUCAAGAAGUUCUAGUGAAGCUUCUCGAGAAGAGUAUCAAAGAACUAAAGCUAUAUCAACGAGAGAAUCCAGAGCCAACAGUGAUUUGCCAUCUACAAUAUUCGGUACAGUUCCAAACGACGUAGCAUUUUCACCAGAAGUUUGCGAAGGAGAAAUAAAAUCCAAACCAAUUUCUGUCACAAUCGACAGUGGAAUCGCUGAAAUGGCUUCAUCUUCUGCAGGCGGAACAAGAAAAACAUCAGAAAUAGAACCCGAUACUCUCGAAGAAAGAACUGGGAUUGAAGAAAGAUCUUUAUCGUUUAUUGAAGCUUUGCAUGAGUUGGCAUCUACAGUUGAAGAAGAAGUUCCAGCACCGAGGAGCAUUUCAUUAACUGAUGAUGUCAUAAGUCAGAAACAAGAAGAAGAAGAAACUCCGAUUGAAUUAGAAAAUAGUGUUAUUGAGGACGAUAGGGAAGUUUUUGAUGUGUCAAUGGACGAGGAAGAAGGUACUGCUGCUCAACCUUCCGACCCCGUAGUGACUCGAAGUAAACCUGUUACAAUUCAAGGAGGAAGUCGACGACAAUUAAUACAUAGGACACAACAAAAGGCUGAUUCAAUUCUCGGAACUUCACUUCGCGAUGAACUUUUGGAAGCAUUACCUUGUACUGACAACGACACUUUCGAACACGGAGUCCCAAUAUAUGUACAAAGUCCCGGAUUGAUGGGAAAUUCGCUUGCAGCAAUUGGAGCGCGACAUCAAAUGUGGGAAUCGAAUUCUGAUCAUCUUUCUUCAUCUUCUGAUUCUGGUGGACCAGUUGUCAGCUUCGGACAAGCUCUACGAUCAGCAAUGGAAACUCGCGGAGGAAAUGAUGACUCACAUGUAAUGACAGAAUCCCUUGGUACUUCCAGUCAAGAUCUUGCUGAUAAUGAUGAAGGUAUUGAUGAUGUGAACUCGACAGAUGAGUCUAGAAAGUCAUCAGUAUCUUCUGAAAUCGCAGAAAAACUGUGCCGAAUUCCGAGAGAAAAGGGCCUGGACUCACAAGAUUUUCGGUGCGCAAUGUGUCGAAAGACGAUUGGCGGUUCUUUCUUUUCAAAGUUCGAAACAUGUGCAAUCGACAGUAAAUACUAUUGUCCGGAAUGUAUGAAAACCGGUGGAAAAGUUUCGAUUCCCGCUCGGGUUGUAAUGGAUUGGGAUUGGAGAGAAAGAGCAGUUUCUGAUCGAGGACGUGCUUGGUAUGAAGCAAACCAAGAAAAGGCACUUAUCAACAUUAAAACUUCAAAUCCUCGUCUGUAUUCACAUGUUCCUGCACUCGAAGAGACUCGAAAACUUCGAGAAAAGCUGCAUCUAGUCUCAAUGUAUCUAUUUACAUGUCGCGAAUCAGUUGCAGAGGAUUUCCGACGGCGAUUAUGGCCAAAAGAGUAUCUUCGAUCAGAUAUUGACCUUUACUCAUUUGCCGAUUUGAUGGAUGUUAAGAGUGGUUCCCUUCAGAGACGACUCAAAAAUUUACUGAAACAUUCAAUGAAUCACGUUGUGGCGUGUACAUUGUGUAAACAGAAAGGAUUCUGUUGCGAAUUGUGUUCAGUAAAUGAGGUUAUUUAUCCGUUCAAUACGGAAUCAACUCAUAGGUGUCGUGUUUGUUUCUCAGUGUUCCACAACGAAUGUUGGCGUACUUCCGGUGAAUGUCCCAAAUGCAUCCGUCGUCAAAACUUUGAAGCUCGACGCGCCCAAAUCGAUGAUCCCCACAAUACUCUGCUUGUUCUCCAGCCAUAA